CGACUUUUUCUCUUCUUUCUCUAUCUCUCUCGACAGCGACUCGUUUUACCGGUGAAAGGAACCGUUAAUUUCGUCCGAUGAAUCCAUCCGCGGUAUCAUCUAGAAGAUUAUCCCCCGGUUUCGAAGUGAAAGGAGGGUCACUUGAUGACAGCAACACAACACGGGAAGUCACGGAGCAGUUGAGAAUCAUUGAGUCAAAGAUGGGCCAAGACUACAGCUACUCUCAGCCUGAUUCGUCAGAUCAACAUGGUAGAUACUCUGACGACACAGAGGAUAGGGAGAUAGAGGCUUUGAUUCGGAUGGAUGAGGCUGAGAGUAGCUUGAACAAUGCUCAAGCGACUCAAUACCCUCCUCAACCGGAGGUUGAGUUCGGAUUCCCGAGGCAUGCUAUUGUGGUGGUCAGCCCCUCUUAUCUUCAUAUCACAACAGACGGUUCUUUACAUGUGGGAAUGUUGAUGAUGGAGAGAUGCAUAUCCACAAGUGGUGGGAUGAAGCUGUUACGGAGGAGAUGCGGGAGAUUGGCAGACACUGUGAAGUCCUAUCUCAGAAGGUAGAUAACCUACCAACGCUGUUUGAUUAUGAGACAGCGCAGAUAAUAGACCGGUUAUAGAAGGAGGUGUUUGAGCUACGGAAGACCAGAAAUAGGAUUAGUAAUGGGUUUGUAUUGAUGGUUUUGGUAUUUGCUUUUCUGGGAGCAAUACUAGGUAUGCGUGUAUGAAUUUAUCUACAGCCUUUGUAUGUAUGCUAGUAGUCACGGAUCAUAUCUCUUGUAUUCACGGAUCAUAUCUCUUGUAUGUAUGCUAGUAGUCACGGAUCAUAUAUCUUGAUGGUCACG